AUGGAAGUGUCCAUCUCGAUGGACCCCAAUUCAGCACCUUCAUCGACAUCCGCACCAUUCCCCUCCACGCACACACAGACUCAAUUAUCGCCGAGCCAGAAACGAUCAGCUCAUGAAACCGAUACAGCUACACCUACACCUGUCCCUUCUUCAGGGCAGAACGACUCGGCUGCGACGUACGUCGAUGAUAAGGAAAAUAGGAUGGAUUCUCUAGAUAUGAAGACUGCCGAACACAGCGUGACCAUGGCUCCAGCCGCGGCUGUGCCGAUUCAACAAACCAGUACCGCGGGGAGCCCACCGGCGUCAAGUAAUAACACGGACCAGACUCAACAACCCUCGACUGGGAAUGGCGGGGCUGGAUCCCCUCCUGCAGCGAAAAAGAGAAAGCUGUCUCCUGCUAGUCGGGAGGCCAAGCAGCAGGAGAAAGAGGCCAAGGAGCGUCAAAGACUCGAGGAGAAGGCUAGGAAGGAGGAUGAGAAAGCCAAAAAGGAAGAAGAGAGACGAAAGAGAGAUGCUGAGCGGGAAGAGGAGAAACUGAAACGAGAGGAGGAGAAGCGAAAGAAGGAUGCCGAGAAAGAGGAGGAGCGGAAAAAACGGGAGGAGAAGAAGAAGGCCAAGGAUGACGAGAAGGCUGCUAGGGAAGAAGAAAAACGCAAGAAAGACGAAGAGAAGUUGAAGAAGGAGAGGGCACAAACCAAGUUGAAUUCCUUUUUCGCUAAGCCAAAGACACCCGGAGAUCAGCCUCUCUCGGUCGUUGGCAGUUCGCCCAAGAAGCCGUCCGGCAAUGGAGAUUCUGCUGGCCCAUCCGAGACGGUCGAAAAGGUAUCCGAUUACAGACGAGCGUUUCCGGACUUCUUCCUACAUCCACAUACCUAUGUGGCGCCUCAACACAGAUUUGAAAGAGAUGCUGAAGCAUUGGCUCAUUUACGAACAACGGUUGACUCGUCUUUCAACAAGGGAUCUGCUGAACAAAUAGCUUUUCGCCCGUCAGAGUUAUUUAAGCUGAUUCCGUACAAAAGACGACGGGGAUGUCAGAAAAUGUCGGUCAAAGACAUUCUGCUUCAAAUGCAGAGCUUAAGCGACCUGCCAGAAACCUCGGAGGCUGCUCGAAAGCUGCAGGAAUCCCUGAAGCAAGUGAGGAUGAAGUCUCUAAAGUUUGGGGAAGACGUCCGCCCACCGUAUCAAGGGACUUACACCAAACAUCUGCCCAAAGAAAAAGGAGCUAAACUAAUGCGCAACCCGUUCCGUCGUGAGCUGCCUGAAGUUAAUUAUGACUAUGACUCCGAAGCAGAAUGGGAGGACGCCGAAGAAGGAGAAGAGCUGGACUCUGAAGAAGAGGAUGAGGGCAGUGAAGACGGAGACGAAGACAUGGACGGCUUUCUGGACGACGAAGAUGACCACCUAUCAAACGGCAAACGGCGUCUACUUGUGGGCGAUCUUGAGCCAGUAUGCUCCGGCAUCAAAUGGCAGGACCAGGAAUCCGACCCAGACCUGCAGAACUACAAAAUCGAGACGAUUUUACCGUCUGUUACAUUUCCAAUCGAUCCGUUUUCAACGUCGUACUGGCAGAAGCCAAAGGUUCCAGAGCCGGGACAGACCAACGGCUUGGGACAACGUGCAACCUUGCAUUCAUUCAUGGGGAACCCAGCACAUCAGAAUUCGGGAUCCUUGGCGAUGCAGGACGGGAAUGCCGUGGCCGCCGGCAAGUCCAAGCGGGCGUUUCCGGUGGAACAACUGGCCGAGUUCAAGACCGUUGUUGAGGGAAGUGAUCUAACCAAGACGGGCUUGAUCGAAAUCUUGAAGAAACGGUUCCCGAAAGUGUCCAAAGGCACACUCAAAGACACUUUAGACUUGAUUGCGACUCGGGUUGGACAAAAGGAAGCGGACAAGAAAUGGGUCUGCAAGUAG